AUGAAACGUCACCAUCCCCGCCCUUCACUCACACUAGAACGCGGUCUCACACUUCUAUCACACCUCAGACCACCAUCCCGCGGUCCUCCUUCUGCUACUUCAUCUCUAAACUCAGCACCUCCCUCUCCAGCUAUACCUAGGUCUCCAUCUCCUUUCCCAGCUUGGGACAUGUCACCCAAGAGGGGUGGGGGGAGUCCGAGGUGGAGCCCCACUUGGGGAAAGGGGGCGGGAGGGAGUCCGUUACUUCCCUUGGGGGGGCAUACACCCCCACGACGGGGCCGAAUACGCUGGCCAAUCCUGCUCAUCCUCAUCCUCGCCCUUCUCAUCCUCCUCUACCUCUUCAUCUACUUCUACUUCUACCCGACACCCCAACCCCUGCUCCUCCAACAACCCCACCCCUCCCUCUCCCUCCCCGACUUCCCCCCCACACCCUGGCCUCCCUCCCGUCCCCCCACAGAACGCUACCUAACCUACCUCCCCCAUUCCGGACUGCACAACCAGCUCAUAGAACUCCAAAAUGCGCUGCUACUCGCUUCCCUCCUCGGGCGCACCCUCUUGCUCCCUAUGGUCAGGGUUGGCAGGGCGCAGGCGUGGCGUAAGCCGGGGGUGCUGGAACGGGAACUUGGAUGUGGGUUUAUGUCAUUUUCGCCCGAGUCGGAGUUGGAGGGAGAGGAAGGGUGCCAACAAGAGACGGACCACGCCUACCUGCCCCUUCCCUCCCUCUUCCAUCUCCCCCCAUCAAUCCCCUCUCUCCCGCUCCCGCCCCCCUGCCCCUCCCUCCCCAUCUCCGCGCACUCAACCUCACCCCCUCCAACACCUACACCCUCCCUCCCCCCACCCGUACCACACAAAGUUCUUCGAGUCCUCGGCCCUGGACCGCCCGCUAGGUCGGUACCGUGCGCGUUAGGCUCCCUCUUCGGGAGCUCGAGGAUCAAGCUUUCCUCCGCUGGUGCCAAACGCCUCAGGGGGGAAAUAAAAUCCCAGACAACGUUCUCCCACCCAGUACUGCUCCGUACCGCCGACAGUAUCGUCCGCGCUCUGGGGGGCAGGGAUAGCUACAUCGCGGCGCAUCUUAGGCUGGGAGAUGGAGCGUUUGAGAGGGAAGCGAGGGAGAGGGCGAGAGAGCUCUGGUGGGCGGUUGUCCGUUCCCUUGGGGUGGGGGAGGGGCUUGCGAGGGAGGUGGAGCGCUGGGCACAUGCGGAGCAUGCAGGGGGGAACAGUUCUUUCCCCUUCUCCCCUCUCCCUCUGGAUUCGGAUUCGGACCUAGGGCCGCCACCAAAAGAGCACCCAGACCUAACAGCAGCCCGUCACCCCCACCCCCCUCUCCCCUCCUUCCCCCUCCCUCCCCCUCCUCCUCCUCCCCCCCUGUCGUGCCCUCGCCCACUCCAUACCCACCCGGAGCUGCAACCGCUCAACGUACCCCUUUUCCUGGCUACCACGGACCCUGGGAGGGAAGUGGAGGUGUUGGGGAGGACGUUCCCUUGUUUGUUUGGGCUUUGGAGCGGGGGGAUGGGAGGUUUGGAAGGGGGUUUGUUGGAUGAUGUACGGGGGUUGACGGUUGAUCUUCCUGAGCCGGAAGCGGAAGCGGGACGUACCGACCCCACCUCACCACAAGUACAAACGCAAACGCUAACACGGACACGGACACUCCAAGUCGGCCCCUUCCUCACCGGGAUCAUCGACGCCCUCGUCCUCUCCCAAGCACACUGGGUCAGGGGCACAAGAGGAAGCACUUUCUCCGGCUGGGUGGAGGAUGUGGGAUGGAGAGUCGUUAGGGGGUGGGAGGUCGUUUUGAGGGGUUGAAUGAGUUUGGG